AUGCGCGCGAUGGAUCCAGCUCCAGCACCAGCAGCCGGCAAGAUGCGGUUCGACUCGCCGGCCUUCCGCGUCCACGAGGACGGCCGCGUGGAGCGCUUCUUCGGCACGGACACCACCCAGCCCGGCUUCGACGCGGCCACCGGCGUCACCUCCAAAGACGUCGUGCUCGACGGCGCCACCGGCGUCUUCGCCCGCCUCUACCUACCGGCUGCGCUCCCCGACGGCCCCGGCCGCUGGAGCAGGCUGCCCAUCCUCGUCUACUUCCACGGCGGCGGCCUGGUCCUCGGCUCGGCCGCCUCCCAGAUGUACCACGGCUACCUCAACUCCGUCGUCGCCCGGGCCGGCGUCCUGGCCGUGUCCGUCGACUACCGCCUCGCGCCAGAGCACCCGAUCCCGGCGGCCUACGAGGACUCCUGGAUGGCGCUCACCUGGGCCGCGUCGAGGGUAGGCGACCCGUGGCUGUCGGAGCACGGCGACGCCGGCCGCAUCUUCCUGGCCGGCGACAGCGGCGGCGCCAACAUCGUCCACAACAUGGCGAUCAUGGCCGGCACUCGAAGCACUGAUCAGGACGGUUUGCCCGCGGGGGCGCUGGUGGAGGGGGCGAUACUGCUGCACCCCAUGUUUGGCGGGAAGGAGCCGGUGGACGGUGAGGCGGCGGACACGAGAUAUCACAUGGAGAAGCUCUGGGCGCUGAUAUGCCCGGACGGCGACGGUCUAGGGGUGGACGACCCGAGGCUGAACCCGAUGGCUCCUGGGGCGCCGAGCUUGCGCGCACUAGCUGGCCGGAGGCUGCUCGUCUGCUCGGCCGAGAGGGACUUCGCGCGGGCGAGGGCGGCCGCGUAUUAUGAGGCCGUCAAGGGGAGCGGGUGGCCUGGCACGUCGGAGUGGCUGGAGUCCCCGCGGGAGUAUCAUGGGUUCUUCCUCCUCCAGCCGGAGCGCGACGAGUCGUCGGUUCUCAUGGAUCGGGUGGUCGCCUUCCUCUCCGGCGAAUGAUCUGCAGGAGAUCGAUUUUUUCAGAAAAAAGGAUGUUGUUUGUGAUUGUGGCCGAUCGGUGGAUCUCAGCCAUUGACAUGCCCUUCUUUGAAUAUUCAACGACCAGCAAUGCUACAUCUACAGGGGUUUUACAGGAGCUUUACAGGCUAGGCUUAGGUGGGAUGUGUUGAUUGAUUGUUAAGAUGAAGCGGGCCCCAUCCUGAAAAUCAGGAGGGGGAGAUUAGUGAGGGGAGAGGGUUAGUCCGUUAACUCUUGUAAAAUCUUCCCGUACGUCUAGCAUUUUUG